AUGCAGAGGCUGAUCGUGGUUGCCGCUUUCGGCAUUUGCUUGGCAGAGGAUCCGAAGGUGUCAGAGAUGCUCGCGCCAAAGCCGCUGCAAGUGCCAGAAGCUGCCUCCAAUGCUAGCAUAGCAGCACGCAACAGCAGCAAGCCUGUGACCGAGAAAGUAGCCACAGAAGGAAUCGAGACAAAGACAAAUCUCAGGGGUGGUUGGGACUGGAAUGGAGGCGGGAACACUGGUGGUAAUACCGGUGGAUGGACUGGAGGUGGCAACAACGGAGGUGGCAACAACGGAGGUGGCAACAAUGGUGGAUGGCAAGGAGGUGGUAACAACGGUGGUUGGAAUGGAGGCGGCCAUAACGGAGGUGGCAGCAAUGGUGGAUGGAAUGGAGGUGGCAACAACGGUGGUUGGAAUGGAGGCGGCCACAACGGCGGCGGCAACAAUGGCGGCUGGCAAGGAGGUGGCAACAACGGUGGUUGGAAUGGAGGCGGCCACAACGGAGGUGGCAGCAAUGGUGGAUGGAAUGGAGGUGGCAACAACGGUGGUUGGAAUGGAGGUGGCCACAACGGCGGUGGCAACAACGGCGGCUGGCAAGGAGGUGGCAACAACGGUGGUUGGAAUGGUGGCGGCCACAACGGCGGUGGCAACAGCGGUGGAUGGAACGGAGGUGGCAACAACGGUGGCUGGAAUGGUGGCGGUCAGAGCAACGGCGGCGGCUGGGGUGGCGGCAACCAAAACCCUCCUUCCAGCCAAUGGGGACCUAGCAACAAUUUUGGCUGGGGACAUGGAGUUCAGGGCGAGACGUGUUGCAUGUGCUCACGGUCAAGCAGUGGCAAGACCCAGCUGUAUGCGGCUGGAGAUUACAGCCGCAAUUAUGGCUCGCAGACAGCCCAUGAGCAUUGCGACGAGGUUUGUGAGAUCCAGUGUCAUUUCAAAGGGGGGCACAAAUUUGGCUGCUACGAAGAGAAUGACCUUAUCAGCAUGAGCCGCCGCUAUCAGGGCCAGAGCCACCAGACUUUCUGGGACAAGCUUUGUGCCUUGCAGCACGAGCUGUCGGAGGUUGAAAGGAAAAUCAACCGACACACCUCGCUGCAGAGGGCUCGCCGAGCCGGGUGUACCCGAAAUCGCCACGGUUGGGUGAUUCUGCAUCAGGGCCGGCCGACCUCUGUCGCCAAGCGCUUUCGACGGAUGCUGCCCCCGGAGCUUGCAUCGGCCGGAAACUCACCAGUGCGACCUUCAGCCGUCUCAGGCUUCGAUGAGCGCGACGCGCAGAUCUGCCUUCCAUCGGAGGUUUCACCGAAGCGGCGGCCCGCUGGGCCCGCUCGGCCCGCUGGGCCCGCUCGAGCAAAGCCUCGGGCCAGGGAGCCGCUGCCGGCGGCCGUGGCCCCGACCUUUUGCCUGGACAGCGAGGUUUUCAGGGACGGCUGUUUUCUGGGGGAGACCUUCAGGGCUUCCCCUCCAAGGCGGAAGCUGCCCUCAAGAGGCCGUUUGAGAGCCUCCAUGGAGCCCAGGACCACGAGCUCCGAUGUCUUCGUUUCGGACGUCGGGCGACUGGACCCUAUCUCUGUAGCGAGCAUGCAGCCAUCGGAUCUGCCCACGCUGUCUUUAGACCGCGGUGACCGUGGCAAGUCCUUCAAAGACGAGGACGCUGCGGACGAUUUGCGGGGCAUCGUCAGUCUGGAUGUCAACGUAGACACUCCUGCCUCUGUCACCUUGGAAAUUCCAUCGAAAGCAGAGAGUUCGCCCAUCGACAAAGAGGAGGACAUGUUGCGAGAGCUGCAGCAGCUAGCAGCUUCCGUGCAGCCGGCGACCGAAUCAAGCUCGGAUUCCGAUAUCGAAGGCACUGGCACUCCAGAUGCGAGGCUCGUCAUAACCCAAGAUCCACGCGGGCAUGGCAGCUCAGCGCAGGCUCCGGCUCCUGCGAAGCCAACCGUGCCGACGGACAUGCAGGAUCUGCCGCAAGCGUCGUCCGGGAGGCGGGAGAGCGAAGAUGUGCUCGACAUCCUCGAGCAGCUGUCUGAGGACUCCUUGGAAGUCGAAGAGGAUGAGGAUGCUGAGGACGAAGAGGAGGAGGAGGAGGGUGAAGACGGGGAAGAGGGCGAAGAGGAAGAGGAGGAAUCUGAGGCUGCAUCUGUGACGAGCUGGCAUACCGUCCAUGGGCGGACCUUCGGCGAGCAGCGCUGGAGCGAGUUGGCCGCGGCGUUGGAGCGACUGGUGAUGGAAAGUGCACCACAGAACAUGGACUUCUGCUCCCUGCUCUCACAGGAUCAUGAACACCUGUGCUUCGUGAAUCCUUUCCUUCCCGAUGCAGAGCUGGCUGUUCUGGAGCAGGACUACAGCCAGGAUCCCAAGACCCGCUGGGAUCCGCUGGGCUUCAGAGCAGGAAGCCUGGAAGUUUUCCGAGGUCUGCAGCCCACCUGUGUGCCGGGUGCCUUCGACUUUGCACUCCCGGAGGAUCCCCGCCGGCGGCUCCAAGCUCAGCUUUCACAGCUCUGUCGUGCCUCGUGGCACUGCCAGAAGCGGGUGAGGUUUCCUGUUGUGGACGCUAGCGAUGAGCGGCACAUCUAUGUUGAGCCGAUUCGUGCAGAGCUCAAUGCGUAG